UGAAAAGUCAUUCCUAACCAUUGCUCUGUUGUUUCCUGAUCUUAAUUUUUACCAAAAUAUAAAAGAUUUUUUUUUUAAGGAGCAACUGCUGACCUGUUUCGACUAGUGGCUACUUGCACCCUAACACUACCCAACCUAAACCCAAGAAGAGCACAAAGCACCUUGUGCCUGUGCAUGCACCUACUACUUACCCCUUCCCCCCAUUCAAACUAUACCCAUCCAGUAUACACCAUUGGAUUUGGAUUCGACACCAUUCAAUACCUUCUGGUUUACAUACAAUCUACCAAAGUAUCUCUCUCCAUCCUGUCUUUUCUCUGCUCUUUUCUUCUGCUUUCUUUCUUUCUUUCUUUUUUUCUUUCUUUCUCUUCCUCUCUCCUUCCCCUUUGCUUUUUACUCCCCUCACUUCCAUCCCUCCUUCCUUAUCCCAAGCAUUUACUAACACCAUCCUUGUACUUUUCUUGCUCCUUCCUUGCCCACUUCCUGGGCGUAUUUAAUCAUUCUCUCUCCCCUUCACUUCCUUCCCCUUUUCCUUUUUAUCCCUACAUCUCCUUGUUCCUGCCUUUUUUUUUAUUU